GACGACGCCCCACUCCGCUACCAAUGACAUCAUUGCGUUCUCGGAUGACGUCAUGACUGUUGCCUUGACCGAUGAUGUCACCACUUCCUUGGACAGCGUCAUGGAUGCCACGACUGAUGACGUUGCUGCCUUCUCGGAUGACGUCAUGACCCAGGCAGAACGUGGCGUGAUGCCCGCCACGACCUAUGAUGUCAUCCACAACUUUGUGACCCCUGACCCCGCGGGUGACCUCAUCCCCAGCACAGCCUUCACCGAGGAGUCCUUGGGCGAAGUCACCGACCGGGACGAUGUCGUGAGCGAUGACGUCACCACGGAGACCCCUGUGACCUUGGAUGCCGGUGACGUCACCGCUUCCGCCACGGAUGAUGUCACUCGCAACACCAUGGCAAGCUCAGUGGAUGACGUCACUGCUGCUCCAAGUGCUGGCGAUGUCAUCGCACGCGCCGCUAAUGACGUCAUUGACGGCAACAUCGCCGCGGUCGCCCCGCCCGCCCACCCGGUCCCCGACGCCCUCUCCGCUUCCGGUUCCGCCGAGGCCCCGCCUUCUCCUCUGGUAUUUCCGGGUCGGGCUCCUCCGGCCAAGCUGGAGGCGGAGACUUCGCAGUCCGAGGAGGAGACAAUGACGUCAUUGCGGCCUCCACAGCAACAGGAAGUGGCCAAUGCCACGUCAUCUCUAGCCCCGCCCCCUCUCCCGGUGACAUCCCCGCCGCUCCCACUUCCCCUCAGACCGGAAGUGGAACCCAAGUCCCCGCCGCCGCCCCCACGGGCUCCACCCCCCUUCCGCUUCAGCUUCCUGAACCCGGGGGUCACGCCGAGGUCAACCCCGCCCCUUCCCCCAGCCCCGGCGACCCGGCCGACCCUGCCCUUCCGGCCCCCGCGCAUCCACGCGCACCUGGGGCCCCCGGCGCCACCCGCGUCUCGUGGCCAUCAUCACGCGGUGUCACGCGACCCCGUGUGGUCGAUGACGUCAUCGCUGGUGACGUCACACGGGAACAGGCCACAGGUCCACGUGCGGCGCGGGAGUCGGCUGCGCCUGCGCUGCGAGGCCAUGGGGGACCUGGCGCCCCGCGUGGUGUGGCAGCUGCCGUGGCAGAGCCGCGACCCCCGCGUCUCCGUGGCGCCCGACGGCUCCCUCUCCGUGGCCCCCGUGACCGAGCUCGACGCCGGCGACUACGUCUGCCUGGUGGGCGGCGCCUCUGCGGCCUUCACCGUCCACGUCCUCGCGGGACCCGACCCCGCCCCUUCUGCCGCCCUUGCUUCCGGGAGACGCCACGUGGCCAUGCGCCUCGCCGUGACCACUGACCCCCCGUGGCGCGCGGCCGACGCCACCAUCCCCGUGGUCUCCGCCCGCGUGGGCAGCAGCGUCCGCCUCUCCUGCCGGGGCGGCGCAGGGACGACGACGAAGUCGCCCGUGACGUGGCAGCUGCCGGACGGCACGUGGGUGACGUCAUUCUCGCCGGCGACAUCGUCGCCGCCCCGCGCCCGCGUGGACCCGCGUGGGUGGCUCGCGCUCUGGCCGCUGGCGCCUGGGGACGCCGGGCUCUACCGCUGCUGGGCGCCGGGCGGCGGAGUCGCCAGGGCCGUGGUUGUGCGCGUGGACUGAGCCCCGCCCCUCCCAUGAUGCCGUGGGGGAUUUCCUGGAGUCCAUGCCCA